UUAUAUCUUUCCGGGUGCGCGACAUUUAGGCAAAUGGCAAUUGUUGUACGAUAGAUCUUCCUACUGCACCGUUGCGAUCUAGAUCCGAUAAUGACAUUGCUUACUUGCCAAGGCGCUAGUAAAGAGGAAGCGGGGAUUGUGGAAGGACAGACAAAUGGAUAUGGGAAUUAUGGCACAACCUCAACACAACAGCAGCAUGACCGGUUUGGCAAGAAGAGGGACCGAGACCAAGGUCUUCAGUCUGUGGGUCUCAAUGACGAAGAUGAAUUGCUUGAAUGGGAUGACUUGUUACAUUGGCAACAAGACAACGAGUUUAUACUGACAAAGCACCGACGAGCAACCUUUUCCUACCAGCGCUCGCUUAGGAGUGUGUUCCAAAUUCAUAAUGAGACCGUCAAUAUUUGGUCGCAUAUCUUGGGUACUGCGGGCUUCCUAUAUGCCAUGGCCGCUUUGGGGCUGUAUAUGAGGGAACUGGACAGACAUGCAAAAGAUGAGUUGGCAGUGCUGAUCUACUUCAUCUCGGUCAUAGCAUGUUUCUUUUUUUCCUUUGUUUACCACAUCUUUCUAGACCACAGUCAAAGCACCCGCACAUGGACAAGUCGCUUCGACUACCUCGGCAUCGUGGUUCCUCUCUGGGGCACCACCAUUGCCAGCACCCAUUUUGGCUUUCGCUGCGAACCUGACCUGCGCAAGACUUACACUGUCUUCGUCACGGGCGCAGGACUCGCAUGUGCAGUUACUACACUCCAUCCUUCCUUUACUGGCACAGCUUCCAAGGGUUUCCGAACAGUAACUUAUCUUCUCCUUGGACUUUCUUCAUUCCUGCCCAUUAUUCACGGCUUGCACCUCUUUGGAUGGCAGCAAAUGGAACAGAGGAUGAGUCUGUCCUACUAUCUUGCACUUGGGCUUUGUCACGGCACGGGUGCAAUAACGUAUGCAAGCAAGGUGCCUGAAAGAUGGUAUCUGAAACGUUACGAUCUUGUCGGUAGUAGCCACCAGAUUAUGCAUGUGCUGGUUGUGUGUGGCGCGGUAGCAUAUGGCCUAGGUGUGCUCAAGGCAAGAGAACAUUGGAAAGGCUUCAACUGUGCAGGUCUUCAGUGAAGUGGGUAAGCAGGAUUUUCCCUUGAACAGACUCAAUCUUGUCUCUUUUGUAAAGGUAUUUGCAAGCAUCUUAUCAAGUCACAGCCAUGAAAAGCUGCUCCUUGCAAGAACCCAG